AAAUUUCAAGUCAAAAGGGAAAAAAAUCCGCAAAAUCUCAAUACACUUUCUGUCCAAGAAGAUAGUCUUUGUUUAGGCGAGUUCAUCACAUCUCCAUCUUCUUCCUCCAGCAAAAUUCCCCCCAAAAAGUUUCUGUCUUUGCCUUGCUUCUUGCUGUAUUCUUGAAACCCCACAUUGAUUCUGCAGGGAGAUUUGAGUUGUUCAAGUAUAAUCCAUGUGGGGUUAUUAGAUAUCAGUAUGAGUUUGACUUUAGCAAUAAUCAAAUAAAGGGGAAUGUCAGGUCUUUUUUCGAACAAUUAGAAGAGAGAUUCGAAAAAGUGUAGCACAAUAUGUAUCGCCCUGUGCCUAUUACUACCCGAGGUGGGGAACCUACAGAUAGUGGAGAUCCUGUGGUGACGUUGGACCAAGUUCCACGUUGGAGUAAUGCUGAAUUUAGGUAUGCAUAUGAGAAUGCAGAUCCUACUAAUUCAUGCUUUCCGGAUCCUUUGGCAUCUGCUUCUGGGUCUGAAUGCAAUGCUAGUGGCAUGGUUUCCAAGUUUCCCAUGGAUCAUGAGAUUAACUCCAAGAUAUACUUGUGGAGAGGCGAUCCCUGGAAUCUCGAGGUAGAUGCUGUUGUUAACUCUACUAAUGAGAACUUAGACGAAGCUCACAGCAGCCCAGGAUUGCAUGCUUCAGCUGGACCUGGUCUUGCAGAAGAGUGUACCACAUUGGGAGGCUGCCGAACAGGAAUGGCAAAAGUUACAAAUGCUUAUGAUCUUCCUGCUAGGAGGGUCAUACAUACUGUUGGUCCCAAGUAUGCUGUAAAAUACCAUACUGCUGCAGAGAAUGCGCUAAGCCAUUGCUAUCGCUCUUGCUUUGAGCUUCUUAUAGAAAAUGGGCUCAAGAGCAUUGCUAUGGGCUGUAUAUAUACAGAAGCGAAAAGUUACCCACGAGAACCAGCUGCUCAUGUGGCAAUAAGAACUGUAAGGCGGUUCAGUGAGAAACAGAAAGAUAAAGUAGAGGCAAUUGUUUUCUGUACUACUACAUCACAAGAUACAGAGAUUUACAAAAGAUUGCUUCCACUCUAUUUUCCUCGGGAUAAGCAUGAGGAGGAAGUUGCCCUUCUAAAACUGCCUGCAGAUGUUGGGGAUGAAAAUGGGGAGACAACUAUAGAUGAGCGUAAAAUUAGGAUAAAACCGUUACCAAAUGCCAAAAAGUCCAAUCCAAGGAUUUCCCAGGCCUCUGUUGAUUUGUCUGUCAGUAAUGUUGGUUUGACCAGUAGGAGCUCAUCCUAUUUGGAUGCUUUUCUGGAUCCUGCUUUUAUGUCCCUGAUCAAGGACCCAGAUCAGCGACGGAGAGAACAAUGGGAAAAAACUGCCCAAGCUCAAACUAGCUGGAACUUCUUUAAAAUGUUUGGAUAUGGUGACGUCGCAGGACCUCCUUUGUCAGCUGCAGAAGAAUAUUCGCUUCAUUCUAGAUAUCUUACAAAAGCAAAUACUCUGAAUUUUUCAGAAAUUGCAGAAAUGAAAAUUGUCUACCGAGGAGGGGUUGACAGUGAAGGCCGUCCAGUAAUGGUUAUUGUGGGGGCACAUUUCCUGCUAAGAUGUCUUGAUCUGGAGAGAUUUAUUAUCCAUGUUGUAAAGGAAUUUGAACCAUUGAUACAGAAACCUUACUCUAUUGUGUACUUCCAUUCUGCUGCAACUAUACAGAUGCAACCAGAUCUAGGAUUAAUGAAGAGGAUACAACAAAUUCUUGGUCGCAAGCACCAGCACAACCUUCAUGCGAUAUAUGUUCUUCACCCUACUUUUGGACUGAAGAGUGCAGUUUUUGGUUUACAACUCUGUGUGGAUAAUGUGGUAUGGAAGAAAGUAGUAUAUGUAGAUCGUCUUCUGCAACUAUUCCGCUAUGUUCCUCGUGAGCAGCUGACUAUUCCUGAUUUUGUAUUCCAGCAUGAUUUGGAAGUGAAUGGAGGGAAGGGCCUAAUUGUGGAUCCUAGAACCAAGUAUGUUUAUCAGAGACCAUAGUCUCAAACUUCAUCCGAUAAAAGAAGAAAAUAGACGCUGUAGUAAGAUUGUGGAAUUUGUUUAUCAUUUUAUCGCACUUUAAAUUUGUUUGUACAGAGGCUGUAAUUGUUUUGUGCAAUAUUAGCAGUGUAUUUAGCUAACUUUGUCUGUAAUUUGAUUUAUUUAUGCAACCAUAUGUCCAGUCCUGUGCUAGCUAAUGGCAAUAAAAUUUUUUAUUUCUGCAACAUUUUCCCUUCUAGAUAUGUCAUUUGAGUCCUAAAUGAA